AAACCUGGGAAUAUGUGGUUACGCAGUUACGUCAAAGCGCCGUAGCAGCCGACAUUUGCCAAUCUACACUAUCAGAAUCAGAAAUUAUUAUUUACCGCAAAAAGGAUUCAGGGGAGGUGGUCCCGUCUUCGAUGAAGUAUGGACUUACGUGGUCAGGGAUGAAAAGUAAAUUCUAG